AUCAAGCUGAAAGAGCAACUUCUAGUGCAUUUGGAUCAAAUUCCAAAGUAUAAUAACUUCAAAGAAAAGGGAAAAAUAAAAACAAAUAUUUUUAUUCAGGCUAUUUUUUCUCCCGCUCCAAACGACGUAACAUCCGAUUCAUUCGUGAAGAUCUUGCGAAUUCAAAAUUUGCUCUCUCUCUCUCUCUCUCUGUCUCCGGCGUCCGCUGGUUUGUCGUCUUUACAUUUAUCAUCAUCGUCAUCUCUUAUUUGCCAUCAUAACAUUCGAGAAAAUCUCCAAUUUCUGGACGUUUGCCGAUGGAUUAUCGAGUUCAUACUCCGGAGUUCAAUGAACGAUCACUUGCUGAAGAGAACUCUUGCGGUUAUGCCCUUUCCGGACAACGAUUUCCGCCUGAAGAAGACGGUUCUAUUACGGGCUAUUGAGAGCGAAAGAUCAGAAGCUGUAGUAACAGAGAAAGUACUCGCGAUUUUCGAGAUGAUUGAGCAGUUGGACAAGACUGAAGGCCUUGCAAUGAUGGAUUCAAUGAAAUCUGCUUAUUGUGCCGUGGCAGUGGAGUGCACGGUCAAGUACUUGGCGGUGGAAGGCAUGAAGAACAAUGGAAAGUAUUUUGAUACAGUGAGUAGGAUUUGGAGAGGGAGAGUGAUGGAAUUGAAGAGGUCGGGAAGGAGUGAAUUGGUUUCACGUGAAUUUGAAGAAUGGAAGGAUGAAGUAGAAGCGGCACUCUGGGAUAAGAUUGUCUGGAAGAAACUGGUGAAUAUGAAUACUAGAUAUGAAGCUUUGAAACUGAUAGGAGAUUAUCUGGGUGAGGCUUGGGGUGUUCUUGGUCCCUCAUUCCUAGAAUUAUCUGCUUCUUUGAUGGAUAACAGGACGAGGAAUGAAAUGCAGUCUGUUCAAUUGGAGCAGGCAAUAGACAAAACUGCUGUUGUGAGUGAAGAUGUUGGUGGGAGUGGUGGGAUUGAAUUUCCCUCCCGAACUGAGAACCAUGCGAGACCGGAGCAUCAGGGGAGCGUGCCAGUCCUUACCCGAGCUGAAACAAAGAGAAAUGAUGUGCUAGAUAUGAAUCAGGAUUCGGGUGUCAACGACAAUUCUAAACGAUCGUCCACUGUUGAAAUGAACACUGAGAGAGUUCAAGAGUUGCCUACAGAAACAACGGAAGGGCAAGAAUCAAUAGAGAAGGAAGUUACAGUUUUGCAAGAUCGAAGUCCAAACUGCCGCAAAAAUUUGAAGACUUCUAUCUUGCCAAGAUGCAAAUCCCUUGCAUCCCAUAAGCGUGUUAGAGGAGGGGCUAAAAUUGAUCAUCUUGAGGGCUUGGAGAAUGACAGUUCAUCUGGAAAGUCUACUUGCCUACAAACUCCAGAAUUUGAUCGGGUACGAGAAGCGCUUAAAACCAGCUCUUUAGAGUUGCAAGCAUUGGUGAAAGAUCCACUUCCUGAUGCAUUACGCAUUGCGGAAUCUGUAGCUCAAGAUCUUGCUAAAAAGAAUAAAACUCCUGAGCAUUCUUUGGAGGACCAAAACGAUGCAGUUGCUGCGAAUCCAGCCAUUAACAAGGAUAAUAUGCCUCUUCAAUCCAUGAAUACAGCUUUCAACAAUCCACGCCAUGGACAUCAGACAAUUGUUCCACGACCUAGUAUAAUGGAACGCAACAGUUCGGCUUGUACAUAUGAGUGGAAUGAUUCAAUAGAUGGUUCUCCGGAAAGAAAUCGCGCUAGCCGACUUCACCUACCUAGUCCCAAGAGAAAGGUCAUUUCUCCCUUGAAGAAGUACGAAGAAAACAGACUGGUUUGGAGAAGGAAGUGUAAGAGGUGGAGCUUGCUUGAAGAAGAUACCUUAAGAACUGCUGUGCAAAGGUUUGGUAAAGGAAAUUGGAAGCUCAUCUUAAAUAGCUAUCGUGAAAUAUUUGAUGAUAGAACAGAGGUUGAUUUGAAGGAUAAGUGGAGAAACAUGACCCGAUACUAAUGUAUUUGCGAGUCUCGAUCCAAACUCGGUGUUGUAGAGAUUGACCUCUAGAAGUUGAAUUACAUGCCCCCCCUUGUAUUUUGAUUGUAAUAUAGAAAAAUCGAAAAUGUCAACGGGAACGGAAUUUUCGAAGUUGAUCUACGUAUUUGGUCGUUGUUUAAAUGUUGCAUCGUGCAGCCGAAUCAGCAAGCUGAUGUUUGUUCCAGUAGCAAUGGUUGAACGAGCACCGUUUUAGCAUGUAAGAUUUCUGUACCACUUCCCACA